AUGGGAUACGAUCGUCAACGUUCUCCUUUUGGAACACGAGUCUUACUAACAUGCUAUUUCUUAUUUUUGUUGGUUAAUAUUCUACUAUAUGCUAAUCGAGUUUCUCGAAUGCAAAAAGAAACUUUCCAUACAAAAUACGAAUUCGAAUUGAUCUUCUUAGUCGUGCUGAGCGUGACGAUCUUCUGCAUUGGGUUCUAUGGUUUAUGGUUCGCAAGAAUUGUCAUUCUCUGCUUUCUUGUGUUCUUCUUUUCUAUGUUAUUAGGUGCGUCACUCAUCUCAUUUAUUCUACUGGUCGCCAAUCUUCUCGCCAUUCAACCGAAUAUAUUCGUGUCAUUGAGUAAUUCGUUAUAUUUUGCACAUAAUUAUAUGAUUCUGGUCACAUUAGCCAAAUCGUUACGGUAUGAAAUUGGUUUAACAGUCAGUUGUCUUUGGAAUAUUCUUGCUCUUUGGGGAACAUGUCAUUUAUGUUCAUGUAUCGAACAUCGACAAGAUUCAUGGCCAUAUCGAAAACGAACACAUCGAUUAUCGCAAACGAUUCUAUGA